CAAGGUUCCACCAAUCGCAGCUCCCCAUGUCAUUCUACAGCCCUUCACCAGGCGCCGAAAUGCUUAAGGACUAGGUUUGUCCUAAGCGCGGUUCCGUCUUGAAGGCCCGAACGCGUCAAGUGUGUGGGGGGGGGGGCGGCAGCGGAGAAGAAGAGCCGGAGAGAGUCCUGGACGCCAAGCCGAAGCCGGGCGGCACUUAGCAGCAGGCGGAAGGGGAGGCCGGGGCGAUGGCGGCGGCCGGAGGAGCCUAUGAGAACCUAAAGCUACACAUAACACCAGAAAAGUUUUAUGUGGAAGCUUGCGAUGAUGGAGCAGAUGAUGUACUUGCUAUUGACAGAGUCUCCACAGAGGUCACGCUUACAGUUAAGAAAGAUGUUCCGCCUUCAGCUGUGACUAGACAAAUAUAUGGUAUUUUGGGAACAAUACGUCUAGUAGCAGGCACAUACCUUAUUGUAAUAACAAAAAAGAGAAAAAUAGGUGACUUUUUCAAUCAUGCUGUCUGGAAAGCAACAGACUUUGACAUCCUCUCUUACAAAAAGACAAUGCUACAUUUAACUGAUAUUCAGUUACAGGACAAUAAAGUGUUUUUAGCAAUGCUUAGCCAUGUGUUGAACAUGGAUGGAUUUUAUUUCUCUACAACAUAUGACUUAACGCACACUCUACAACGGUUGGCUAAUACAAGUCCGGAGUUUCAAGAAAUGAGCUUGCUGGAGAGGGCAGAUCCACGGUUUGUAUGGAAUGGACAUCUUCUUAGAGAAUUUGCUGCUCAGCCUGAGAUCCAUAGGUUUGCCAUUCCAGUUAUGCAUGGCUUUGUUGUUAUGCAUUCUUGUUCCAUUAAUGGGAAAUACUUUGACUGGAUUCUUAUUUCUCGAAGAAGUUGUUUCAGAGCUGGUGUACGCUACUAUGUGAGAGGUAUUGAUUCGGAAGGACAUGCAGCUAAUUUUGUAGAAACGGAACAAAUUGUACAUUACAAUGGGAGCAAAGCUUCUUUUGUCCAGACACGAGGAUCAAUUCCGUUUUUCUGGUCACAGAGACCAAACCUCAAAUAUAAACCAAAGCCCCAAAUCAGCAAAACAGUCAAUCACAUGGAUGGCUUCCAAAGACACUUUGACUCGCAGAUUAUUAGCUAUGGAAAACAAAUGAUUGUUAACCUGGUUAAUCAGAAGGGCUCAGAAAAGCCUCUUGAGCAAACGUUUGCAAAAAUGGUAAACAGCUUGGGAAAUGGAAUGGUCAGAUAUAUAGCAUUUGACUUUCAUAAAGAAUGCAGUCAUAUGAGGUGGGAUCGGCUACAGAUUUUAUUGGAUCAACUAGCUGAACAACAGGAUGAAUUUGGCUACUUUCUAGUUGAUUCUGAAGGCAAGGUGGUGAUGCAACAAGAAGGGACUUUCCGUAGUAACUGUAUGGACUGCCUGGACCGGACGAAUGUCAUUCAGAGCCUUUUAGCACGCCGCUCUCUUCAAGCACAGCUUCAGAGGUUGGGUGUGUUGCACGUUGGCCAGAGAAUUGAAGAACAAGCAGAAUUUGAGAAAAUUUAUAAAAAUGCAUGGGCUGACAAUGCAAAUGCUUGUGCCAAACAGUAUGCCGGAACAGGUGCCUUAAAGACCGACUACACAAGAACUGGGAAGAGAACUCAAUGGGGCUUGCUAAUGGAUGGCUGGAACUCACUCAUACGUUACUACAAAAACAACUUUUCUGAUGGAUUUAGACAGGAUGCUAUUGAUCUAUUCCUUGGAAAUUAUGCUGUGGAUGAAGUAGAUUCUCUCAGUCCUCUUCAUGUACACAAAGACUGGAAAUUCUUGGCUUUGCCUAUUAUUAUGGUGGUUGCUUUCUCCAUGUGCAUUAUCUGCUUGCUUAUGGCUGGUGACACAUGGACAGAGACGUUGGCCUAUGUGUUGUUCUGGGGAAGUGCAAGCUUUGGAACUCUUGCUAUCAUCCUUUACAAUGGCAAGGAUUUUGUAGAUGCGCCCAAACUCGUCCAGAAGGAGAAGAUGGACUGAAUUUGUGUGUGUGGAAAGCGGCUUGGUAGGGAUGGCUCCUCAAGCCACACUUGGAGCCUCUACUGACCUGCUUUCCACACCAACUCGUGGUCUUUUUAGCUUUCAUCUUUGCAGGUGAAAAAAUGAGUCCAAUUUGUCCCUUGGUGGUGGAAGGGAUUGACUGUUCUAGUUCUAUAGUCUCAGUGAUUGUUGGAGUAUUGCAUUUUCUGGUGAGCUUGCAUACACAGCAUUAGGGGGAUUGAGAAAGGAAAGCCAAAUAGUACUGUGGUCCUCUCUAGAGUGUGAACUGCAUUCUUAAAGGGACCUCCCAAGCUUUACAGUUCAGCGGUGUACUAUUGUCAAACCUUUCAGUCUUUCAAGAGAUGCAGUUCUAUGGAGAGAUCAAGAGAUCUAGCUGUUGCUAGAGUACUGUAUACUGAUACUAGUAAAAGCCUUGCUGUUAACAAUAACAAAACUUGCUGCUUAAUUAAACUUGUAGUUGGGCACCCAUGUAUUCAAAACAAAAUGUCAAUGUUAGCAAAUGCAGGGUUAUUUGUUCUUGCAUAUAUAUGCAUUUUCCUAAGAGUGGAGGAAGAGGUCCUUUCCCCCAAUCAAAUUGUAAGUCUCUCCUGCCCAUUCUGGGACUAUUGAUGCAAUAUUCUGUUAAAUCAUUGUUGAGAAGAUGGGGUGUACAACUUGGGUUUGUUUGGAAUGUGUCUUGCACUGCUUUAAUGAUCUUAGAGGACUUGGAUGACAAAUUUCAGUGUGACUCAAAAGUUCAUUUGUCUUUUUAAAAAAGAUAUAUAUAUAUAUGGAAUCAAAGAAUGUAAAACUGCUUAUUUGAACCCUCUUAUGCUAAAGGUCCAAAGUACUUGUUCCUUUCUGAAGCGUUGCAAACAGAGAACAUAUUUCCUAUUAAUUUGGCAAACCAGCUGCUGCUUAUACUGACUUGGAUUUUGUAGGGAUAAUCUGUGGAAGAGAGAAUAACUCAACUGAUAAACUUUCUUGGGUAAAUUCCAUGUUUUGCACUCGGGAUCAACAUCUGCUUGCUUUUUGUGCAUGAUGUAAUUAUAUUUCUCUACAACUGUAACUUUCACUGAAAAUGACUAAGAUAUAAUAGCCUUGUGCUGGUUAUCAAUAAAUGUGUGUCUCAAAUUUAGUGCUUCCAAGCUUUAUAUUAAAACUAGAUGAUCUGAAUCAAGGACCAAUUUUAAACUGUUCUCAUCCAUUUUCUAAUUACUUGUUUAGAACCAGACUUGAAUCUGCUUCAGGUGCUGCACAUUAUUUAAUAUUUCCUGUACUUACAACUGUAUAUUAAACAUUGCAAUUAUGAAUUUAAAUAUUAGAAUGUGUAGACUGCUAAGGUUGUCACUCAAAGCUAGAACUCCACUCUGCUGCAGCAUGUUCAUUGUAUGACUAUUGAACAUACUGUACAUACUCUGCAAGUGGCAAUUGUUCAUUUUAACCUUGAAUCUUUGAGGGCCUUUGAGUUUAAAUAUUCUCUCACAAUCACUUGUAAUAAAUAUAUGAAGCUCCUAUUUGCUUUUUAGAUGAUGCAGUGAAAAGAAUGAUUGGCAAAGUUGGUUUGAAAUAAAAACCCAAAAUCAUCUAUUCAAGUGUGGAAAAUGAAGGUGGCUUGUGUAUUAAAUGUUUGGUUUCAUUGUCAUAUUGUGUGUUUGAAACAACUUCUGACUGGUCUUUCCAGUGCAUUUCCCAUUAAGCUGCAAUAGAGAAGCUACCUUGGGCAGCUAGGCAUUGUCAGUACAGAACUAAACUAUUGUAAGGUGGGGGAUUGGAAGAUUGUCUGUAUUCCAGGGCUUUGCAAAGAGGUUGCAUUUUAAAGUCCACAUACAAUGUAUUCCAACAAUAAUAAAACUCUUUUCUAAGUACUGA